CGCAAUGUAGCACUUGAUAAAAUCUCGUUCAAUCGGCAUCCUAUCGUAACAUGCCCCAGAGAUUAAGUUCCUGGGUAUUUAAGGCUGAACGCAGAGGCGAAGUGCUAUCAGAUACAGUUGCAGAUAUUACUGGCGUCGUCUGCUACUGCUGUGAUGUACUGCGUUCGGGCUCUUCAAAGCCAGGGAACACCAUGGCUGAUUGCUGCACAAGAAAUUCAACGGCGAUGCUUUCAUGUUUCGCCUCUUGCUGCUGCAGCUCGGAAAGUCGCCAUGAGCAGGUUCGACAAAGACAGUUACUUGCCCUACGAGAAACUUGAAAAGAACCUAGGUAUUGUUAAAAAGAGACUGGCUCAUCCUCUGACAUUGGCUGAAAAGGUUCUUUAUUCUCAUUUGGAUGAACCAGAGAAGCAGGAUAUUGAACGUGGCACAAGUUACCUCAGAUUGAGACCAGACCGUGUUGCAAUGCAAGAUGUAACUGCACAGAUGGCAAUGCUGCAGUUUAUCUCAUCAGGUCUGCCAAGGGUUGCUGUCCCUUCAACAAUACACUGUGAUCAUCUUAUUGAAGCUCAGGUUGGUGGUGAAAAAGAUCUUGCAAGAGCCAAGAAUCUCAACCAAGAAGUGUAUGACUUCCUGAGUUCAGCUUGUGCCAAGUAUGGAAUUGGUUUCUGGAAACCUGGUUCUGGGAUCAUUCAUCAGAUUAUCCUUGAGAAUUAUGCUUUCCCAGGACUGUUAAUUAUUGGUACGGACUCUCACACACCAAAUGGUGGAGGGCUUGGUGGUCUGUGUAUUGGCGUUGGUGGAGCUGAUGCUGUUGAUGUCAUGGCAGAUAUUCCAUGGGAACUCAGAUGCCCAAAGGUAAUUGGAGUAAAGCUGACAGGCAAGUUGCAGGGAUGGACAUCACCCAAAGAUAUCAUUUUGAAAGUUGCUGGAAUACUCACUGUGAAAGGAGGCACUGGUGCUAUUGUGGAGUACCAUGGUCCUGGAGUGGACUCAAUUUCGUGCACUGGUAUGGCCACUAUUUGUAACAUGGGUGCUGAGAUUGGUGCAACCACUUCAAUUUUCCCAUACAAUCGGCGUAUGAGAGACUAUUUGGUAGCCACAAAUAGAGAGGAAAUUGCUGAGGAGGCAGACAAACAUGUUGAGUCACUUUUCUCAGCAGAUCCAGGAGCAACUUAUGAUCAGAUAAUAGAGCUGAACUUGGACACAUUAGAACCACACAUCAAUGGUCCUUUCACUCCAGAUUUAUGUCAUCCUGUUUCAAAAGUUGGUCAAACAGCUAAGGAGAAAGGAUGGCCUGUGGACAUUAGAGUGGGUCUCAUUGGUAGUUGCACAAAUUCUAGUUAUGAGGACAUGGGCCGAUGUGCAAGCAUUGUCAAGCAAGCACUAAAACAUGGACUCAAAUCGAAGAUUCCAUUCAAUGUAACACCUGGAUCUGAACAAGUGCGAGCAACAAUUGAGAGGGAUGGAAUUGCAGAAACACUAAGACAGUUCGGAGGCACAGUCUUGGCUAAUGCCUGUGGACCUUGUAUUGGACAAUGGGAUCGAAAAGAUAUUAAGCAAGGAGAGAAAAACACAAUUGUUUCUUCAUACAACCGUAACUUCACUGGACGAAAUGAUGCAAAUCCUGCAACACAUGCCUUUGUGACAUCACCUGAGCUCGUUACUGCUCUGUCCAUUGCAGGCACCCUUGACUUUGACCCCAGGAGGGAUACCCUGAAGGGAGCAGAUGGCAAGGAAUUUAAGUUGGAUGACCCCUUCGCUGAUGAACUGCCACCAAAAGGCUUUGAUCCAGGUGAGGACACAUACCAGGCUCCUCCAGCAGACGGUGGCAACUUGAAAGUUAAUGUUGAUCCUAAGAGCCAACGUCUACAACUUCUAGAACCAUUUGAUGCUUGGGAUGGAAAGGACCUCACUGACAUGGCAAUACUCAUUAAGGUAGAGGGCAAGUGCACAACUGAUCACAUCUCUGCAGCAGGACCGUGGCUGAAAUAUCGAGGCCAUCUGGAUAACAUUUCGAACAACCUGUUCAUAGGAGCUGUGAAUGCUGAUAAUGGUGAAAUGAACAAAGUGAAAAAUCAACUUACUGGUGAAUGGGGACCAGUCCCAGAUGUCGCGAGAGCUUACAAAGCUAAGGGUAUUCGUUGGGUAGCUGUUGGAGAUGAGAAUUAUGGAGAAGGAAGCAGCAGGGAGCUUGCUGCACUGGAACCUCGUUAUUUGGGUGGUCGAGCCAUCAUUGUGAAGUCAUUUGCUCGUAUUGCCGAGACCAACCUGAAGAAGCAGGGUCUACUGCCACUCACUUUCGCUAAUCCUGCAGACUAUGACAAAAUACAGGCUUCAGAUAAGAUCUCACUUCUUGGACUUCAAAAUCUUGCCCCUGGAAAGCCUGUAACUGCAGAACUGAAACAUGCAGAUGGCAGGAAAGAACGGAUACAAUUGAAUCACACACUGAAUGAGCAGCAUAUAGAAUGGUUCAAGGCAGGGAGUGCCCUUAAUCAUAUGAAGAGAAUUGCAGCAGGAAAGUAAAGGAGAUAUGGUACACCAUUAUUUAUGCAAGAAGUAGACAAUUGAAGGACUGUAACAAGUGAAAUUUUGUGUAUAUGAUGAACAUAUUGUUCUAUGUUCGUAAUACUACACAUUUGUGAUAGAACAUAUGUGCAGUAAUUUACACACACUGAAGUAUUGUAAGAUAAAAUGAUGGGAAGUCCAGGAUGGAAUAAUAAUAAUAAUUAUAACAAUAAUAAUAAUAUGAAAAGGGUAGACUGCUAGUCAUCACAUAGAGGAGGUGUUGAGCCACGGAAAGACUCAAUGGAAAGACUGUUAAACUUAAGCUUUUGCCACCUUAGACAGUAGUUGUGUGUGUGUGUGUGUGUGUGUGUGUGUGUGUGUGUGUGAGAGAGAGAGAGAGAGAGAGAGAGAGAGAGAGAGAGAGAGAGAGAGAGAGCACGCGCGUCGCUUCUGAUGGAGGACUUUUCUGUCUGAAAGCUAAAAGUAUAGCAGUCUUUUCAUUGUGCCUGUCUGUGACUCAAUGCAUCCUGUAUGUGGUGAGUAGCAAUCUAUCCUUUCCAUAUUGUUAGUAUUUAAGUCUGUUAUUCUAACCAUUUUAUUGUAAAUGGGCAAUUGUUACACAGUGCCUUCUUUUCUGUAACUAAUUUUUGAUAAUUACUGAAAUCAACGCCAACAUUUAACUGCUGUACGUAGUAUAUUAUGGUGCUAAUCAUGAUGAUGGUAUGUUACUAAAAUAUUAUGGUCUGCUGUAUGUAAAAAUUAAAAACAGACAUCAGUGGAGCAAGAUUCACAAAAGUUGAAAAAGAUGCAAGAGAACUGGAAAUUUCUCCUAAAGAUAUCCAGGAGCACAAUCUGCUUGAGAAAAAAUCAUGAAUGUACAAAGAUUUCUAGGAGUAGCUGAAGUUGAAGACAGGGAGGGCUUGGACCAAAGAGAAUAAAGAACAACAUUGGAAACGAAAGGAGGAGGAGGAGGAGAAGAAGAAGAAGAAGAAUGGAGUCAUAUGAUUGUUUACUGAGUAUGGACCAGUGCAGCCCUAAAGACUGUAUCAGUUGAAGUAAGGCUAUUAGUUUUAUACUCAUUUCCUAAAGCAUGGAAGGAGCCUGGAUCAUGCAAAUAUGUUCUACUCAUAACUAGGGUAUUGUGGUGUGUUAAUUUCUGUCUCUGCAGCUGAGACACUUGUUUGCAUUGACAAAUGUGGUAUCUACAUUCCUAUAUGCCUAUUGUAAGAUAGACCCUGAGAGCUUUCUAAACAUUCCAUUGUUCUGUAGUUGAAAUUUCAAUGAGAUUUAAAUAUAACACGUUUUGUGGAGUUUGUUAUUCAGAUGGAAAAUAAA